AUGGAAGUUGGAGUAAUGAAAAUGAUGAAUAAGGAAAAGUUGGAUUUGAAAGAGACUGAACUGAGGCUAGGGUUACCUGGAACUGAAGAAGAAAUUAUUAUGGGCAAAAAUCUCGUCAUGAAUUCUAAUGGAAAAAGAGGGUAUACAGAAACUGUGGAUUUGAAGCUAAAUAUUUCUGGGAUAGAUCAAACUGAAUAUCAGAAAGAAAAGAAUUUGUAUAAGGAGACGAAGACUCCUGCCAAGGCACAGGUUGUGGGGUGGCCGCCGGUUAGGUCCUUCCGGAAAAAUAUUAUGGCGGUUCAAAAGAGCGACUCCGAGGAGACAACCGACAAGGCGGAGAUUGGUGUCGCCACCUUUGUGAAGGUUAGCAUGGAUGGUGCACCUUAUCUUCGCAAAGUGGAUUUGAAGAUUUACACAAGUUACCAAGAGCUUUUUGAUGCCUUGGGCAAGAUGUUCAGUUCCUUCACAAUUGGAAUGAUGGACUUCAUGAAUGGAAGCAAACUGAUUGAUCAUUUGAAUGAUUCUGAUUAUUUUCCUACUUAUGAAGACAAGGAUGGUGAUUGGAUGCUUGUUGGUGAUGUCCCAUGGAAGAUGUUUGUUGAAUCAUGCAAGCGCUUGCGCAUUAUGAAAGGAGCAGAGGCAAUAGGACUCGCACCUAGAGCCAUGGAAAAAUGCAAGAACCGAAACUAA